AUGAGUGGGCUCACGGCAUUCCUUCAAACCGAGCUACUUUCUUUAUCAAGUGAGGCAAGACGAAAACACCCCGAAAUAAAAGAGGCAGCUGAGCGUCUAAGUGCCAUACUUCGCAGCUUCAAAGAGCGACCUGGAUACAGUAUAGCAAACGAGUUAUCGAAAUCAGAUGACGCUCUCAGACCAUUUGUACUUGCUUGCGAGACGAAGCAAGUCAAACUAGUGACAAUCGCCAUUGGUUGUAUACAAAAGCUUAUUUCAUUUCAUGCCAUACCAGAGACUUCAGUUCGAGUCAUAUUAAGAACACUCACAGAUAUCAGUGUUCAUGGUGUCGAGAUCCAGCUCAAAAUACUUCAAACAGUACUCCCUCUCCUUACAAACUACCGCAGUGUACAUGAUGAUAUCUUGGCAGAAGCCUUAUUGAUCUGCUUUCGGUUGCAAGAUUCAAAAAUAGCUGUUGUCAAUAACACUGCAGCAGCUACUCUACGCCAAUUGGUAAUUUUUGUAUUCGACAAAGUUGGAAAAGAAGACUUGCUGGGUUUGAGAGAAGAAGAUGCCAACCACGAGAUCCAAUUAGGUGCUGGAGAUACUAUUAAAUUACAUCCAUGCGCCAAAGAUGCAUUUUACCUAUUCCGUGAUCUUUGCCUUUUGACAAGCGGAGACCCUCCAGAAUAUCUGAGACUUCAUCAUCUCUCAAAGACCUUUGGGCUUGAACUAGUUGAGAGUGUGCUGGCUAACCAUUAUGCACUUUUUAAAGAGCACAAAGAGCUCAGUUCACUUUUGCGAGAAAGUGUGUGUCCAUUAAUCAUCAAGACUUUCUCGGAGAAGCAUGAAUUUCCUCAGACAAUGAGAUUAUCUCGCGUGGUUGAUAUUUUAAUCCGACAAUUCAAUGAGAUUCUGAUGACAGAGUGUGAAAUAUUCUUGUCAAUGUUCGUGAAAGUACUGGAGCCAGAGAAUCCAUUAUGGCAACGUGUACUAGCAAUGGAGAUAUUCCGUGGUGUAUGCUCAGAUUCUGCCCUACUAUGCUCUAUUUACAAGUGGUAUGAUCGUCAGGCAGGAUCUACUGACGCAUUCCGCGAUAUGAUUACAGGGUUUGGACGGCUGGCUACCGAAAAACCUCAAUUGAUUGGGGCAACGCAAGGUGGAAGAGAGAGUAUUGAAUAUGGGUCGGGUGCUGCAAGUCAUAUACACCAUAUGACACAUCCUAACCCACCCACCAGUGAUAACAGUGGACCUGGAUUAAGUGCUUCUGGAUCUUCAAUGCGUAUACAAUGUAUUGACCAACUUGACAAAGCUGAUCCACCUGUUAUCCCAGAAACCUACAUAUUCUAUUUAGCUCUUCUUUGUUUAAAUUCUAUAGCCGACGGUUUAGCUGGAUUUGUUCUCCCGAUGUUUUCUCCUGGAAAGAGUCUCAGUGCUUCAACUAAAGCUACGUCUGACGAAGAAUCUCGCUCAAAGUCCGGUUCCAAAGCUGAUACCACAGAUAACUCAAAGAUGAGUCUUGUCACAGACAUGACAAAUGUAGCAUGGCCAGGCUUAUUAGCCGCAAUGUCAUUUUACAUUUCUUCAAAUCUUGAUGAAGAACUGUUUCAAAAUACAAUGAGAUCCUAUCAAAAUUUCACAAACGUUUGCGGAAUGCUUGAUCUUGUCGUCCCACGCGAUGCUUUUUUGACAAAUCUUUGUAAAAACGCUAUUCCGCCCAGUCCUGUACUAUCCUCUGGUUUCUUUUCUGGAAAAAACACCGGUAGUUCUACAAGUAUUGCGACUAUUACUACAAACUCGCUCGCAGUGUCCUAUUCGGAUUUGUCUGUUCAGCAACAACAAGUACUGGCCAAUAUUUCCUUGAGCGAUAAAAAUUUGUAUAGUCUUCGGGUGUUACUCAACAUUGCGAUGUUCCUUGGAGGUGUUCUAGGACCCUCAUGGUACCUUGUUUUGGAAACACUGCAACAAGCCGAUCUGUUGUUGAUCAAUAGACCCAUACCAAAAGGAACGAACAACCCCCCAGGAUCGGCAUCAACAUCACACACAGUACGCAGAACAUUGUCAGGUACACCAAGUAAUGGCAUGAGUUCCGUUUCUGGACAUCAAAAUACUGCAACAGGACAAUCAAUGAAUAAUCAGUACAUGGAUGCAGACCAUACUGCCAUUAUCCAAACAUCUUUAAAAAGGUUAUUUGAUAAUAGCAAAUACUUGGAUAACGAUGCAUUUGUUGCCUUUACUACCGCACUUUGUCGCUUGAGUGCCGAGGCUAGUGGAGUACAUUUCUCGGGUGGAGAGGAAAUAUCGACAAGCAAGUCUUCCAGAAUUAAACUGUUCAACAAAACGUCUUUUGCGAUCGACCAAUUGUGUUAUAUCUCGACACUGAACAUGAGCCGACUGAUAAGCUCAGAGGGAGAUCCUGUCGCGUGGGAUCUCAUCAUAACGCAUUUAAUUGAUACGGCUAACUUUGCCUCUACUCCUGCAUCAAUUCGUACUCAAUGCUGUGAGGUGAUUUCCACCAUAAUAAUCACUGCCAUGAAUCAAAUUAUUGCAGAGCAAAAGGAAGCAGACAACAAAGCCCAGCCACGAUUGUUAGCGGCAUUGAGUCAGUGUAUCAACUACAGCGAAGAAAAGUCGAAAUCUUGGGAGGUUAAUAAUGAAAAGGGAUCAAGUGGUGUAAAGGCAUUUGGAGAGGUACAAAAGAUGGCACUUGAGACGCUCAACAAAAUCUUGGAGACUUCUGGCCACUCUUUUACCUGUGGUUGGGGUAUUGUAUUUGAUAUGCUCCGUCAUGUAACAGUCACUUCGACCGCCCAUCCAGACUAUACCGACGAGGAUGAUGAGGAUAAGAGUGGGGACGAAGACUCUAAACAUGAACGGGCUAGCAUUGAUACCACCACAUCAUCACUAGUUACUGCCAAUGCUGGGCACGCGAGUACAAACAACAAGGCAUCAGGUGGCCUUAUCAAGGUUGCAUUUACCAGCUUACAACUCAUAUGCACUGACUUUCUCUCACUUUUAUCGCCUGAUUGUUUAAGACAAUGCAUUGCCACACUUGGCUCAUUUGGGAUGCAAUGUGAGGAUCUGAACAUUAGCUUGACAGCUGUAGGUCUGCUGUGGAAUCUUUCGGAUUUCAUUCAAACAAAACGUCUGGAUUCCAUAAAAGACUUAGAGAGUGACACCAGUGAUGAGGCUAUUGAGAAAGAAAGCAUGAAUAUUGAUCUGCCUAUUACUGAUGAAGAAUCUCCUCAGGUGUUUAGUAUAUUGUGGAUGUUACUGCUUCUGCAGCUCUCACACAACUGUACCGAUUGGAGACCCGAAGUUCGUAACGGUGCCAACCAGACAUUAUUCAGAACAAUCAUGAUGAACGGAAACCUUUUGGGCCCUCACAUGUGGAAUGCUUGUGUCUGGCAGGUUCUUUUCCCCCUUCUUGAUACCAUCAAGAUGUCAGCAAUCAGGGCUACACGAAUGAUGCAAUCUGGAAAAACGAGCUUAACUACCUCAUCUCCUGAUCGAGAUACUUCUGGAUUUAUGCUCCACCACUCACGCGACACAGCAGACAAGCAAUGGGAUGAAACAAAGGUUUUAGUCCUCACUGGGAUAUCUAAAAUCUUCCGUGACUUUUUUGAAAAGCUCCAGGCACUCGAUAAUUUCAAGCAAGCUUGGUCUCUACUCUUGGCUCACCUGGAAGAUUCCUGUUUACGAUCCAGCCAGGAGGUUUCAUUAGCAAGCAUUAAGAGCUUCAAGAACAUAGUCACUCUCCCACCGGACGAUAAGAAUUUCGACAAAUCGAUUGUUAGCCUCUGGAGAAGUGCAUGGCGCUCUUGGGAAAUUAUUGGAAAUGGCAUAAUGAUGGUCCCAAGCACAGCAGAAGAAGAUAAUGAAGAGACACAAGAGAAUAGCUAUCGAAGCACAUUAGACUCCGAGCUCCUCCCUCUCACUUUGUCUUUAUCAUCAUCGAGUGCAGCACAAAUUUCAGAUGAUUUUACACAAGACACUUUAACAGCCUAUAUUAGAAUGUUUGUUGAUCUUUACAGGGUAAUUGCACCGGGAUUUAGUCUUGAGGACAUCGGGUCUUUGCUUGGCGUACUGCGAAAUAUGCUAGUUUACUCCACAAGUCCUGAAUAUCGGCCUGAUAUCGAUAAUCUUUCUCCGCUUCAGGAGGGUGUAUUAGAAGUUAUCCAAACUCUAGACAUGACAGUACCUGGGGUCCCACCUCUUGUCUUGAUGGACAUUUCAGAAUACAUGACUCUCGCAUUCUUGAGCCCACCAGAUGACGCCCAAAAAACAAAGGGUGGUUACAUCCCGCCUUCCCAACGUAAAUUUUCCACCGUGACCUACAUUGCCCUAAACAAAAGGUGCAGCACUAUGGUUGCACACUUGUUCAAGGCUCAUGUUAACAAUAAAGCCUUGUACACCGAGGGUGUUUUUGAGCGAAUUAUCGGGGCGUUUGGAUUGCCCAUGAAGCUCAAGUACGACUGCCCACCAUCUCACAAACAUGGCGACGACAAGACGCCUCUGUGGAAAUCAGCUACACUGGGAUUACUGGAUGUGCUUGAGAUGAUCCGAUCUGAUAUGUGUAUAUAUGCUAUAAUAUUGAUAGAAGUACCAAUUGAACGCUUUGUUGGUGUAUGGAGAGCGCUUGUAGACAUCUUUGAAGGAAGUCUAUUGUCUCCAAGCACGCCUCCAUCGUCGAUGACUAUUGAAGAAUUAGAUGUUGAUGAACAUUUUGAUAUAUCUGUCUUGAGUGUGAUACAAAAUGAUGUUGUUGUUUACAUGGGAGAACCUCGCGUGCCAAUAGAGGUUAUCCAAAAACUUGUGAAUGUUAUUCGAGAGAGUUCCCGCUUAUAUUAUGUGGAUGCAAACGAAAAUCAUCACCGAAGAGAAGAGGCAGAUCAGGAGAGCCCUAGAGAACUCAAAGAAGCCUACGGAAGGAAGAGUGCGAAUUACAGGUCGAGUGAUAUCAUUGGUACUACUGGUACUAUUGUGCCUGUCAUGAAGGAGUCGUUUGCUUAUGCAGCACUUCGAACUUUAUUUUCUCUCUGCUCUUCUGAGAAACAAGAUCAUCUGGAAGUUCGGAAGCGUAUAGCACAGGUCACUAUCCCUGUACUUCUUGAACGAUGCGAGACUAUCUUGCGGAACUAUACAGCCGAUGCGCCUUUGUUGGGAAGGUGUCCGUUUCCAAGGGUACGUAAAGAGGAGAUAAUAUUUCUUUUGCAGCAAUCUAUCCAUUUAAAGCUACAGAAAAACAUUAUCAAAGAUGAAAGUGAAGAAAAGGGCACCAUAAGACACCUGGUUUUGUCUGGACCAAGAGCCCACUUAUUCUAUCUUUACCCAUCCCUGUGCAAUAUGAUUUCAUGCGAUGAUGCGGUUGUGGUCGAAUUGAUACGCGAGUGUCUGCAAACUGCGGGAACAGAGAUGGGGCUCAUGUUACAUUAA